AUGAUAAAUGAUGAUGAUAAUGGUCUUAUAUUUGCCUCAAUGGGCAUGUUUAUUAUAGACGAAAAUCAUUAUCCUGAUUCUCGAGAGAACGACGUUGAUAUUGUUGGUGGUGGUGGGCCCUAUGCUUUAGCCGGUGCUAGAAUCAUAGUCGGACCAAAACUAUCAAAUAAGCUCAGUGCCAUAAUUGAUAUGGGGUCAGAUUUUCCUCAUUCAGUCGAAGAUGAGCUCAAGCAAUGGAAUACUAGUAUUUUCUUUCGUAGUGAUCCCCAUAGAUUGACUACAAGAGGAAUGAAUAUAUAUGAUAAGAAUGGAGUGAGGCAUUUCAAGUAUAUAGCUCCAAAAAAGAGAAUUGAAUCGUCCGAUAUUUUAGGAAAUAUGGCUUUGAGAACUUCCAAGACUAUUCAUCUUCUCUGCUCUUUCGAUAGAUGUGAAGAAAUUGUAACAAAGAUUUUACAAAAAGUGGAACUGAAACCUAUCUUUAUUUUCGAGCCUUUGCCUGAUGAUUGUAAACCCGAAAAUUUGCUGAAGUUGGAAAGAGUACUAAAGAACAUUGACAUCUUCACGCCUAAUUUGAAUGAGGGAGCCGAGUUAGCUGGCUUCUUGAAGCUACCAAAGAACUCUGCAGAAUUGGAGCAAUUGGCAUCGGUGUUCAAACCAUACUUGACCUUAAAGAAUUCAGGGGUGGUUCUUAGGUGUGGAGAGAUGGGCUGCUAUAUAAAGUCCCAAGACAAGAGUAUCUUGAUGCCAGCAUAUCAUUCUGAUCAAGCUCAAGUAGUAGAUAUCACUGGUGGAGGAAAUUCAUAUUGUGGUGGUUUCGUUGUUGGUUUCUACUUAUCUAAGGGUGAUUGGCUAGUGGGGGGCCUCUGUGGAAAUAUAGCAAGCGGUUGCAUUAUUGAAAAAUUAGGACAACCGAGCUUAAGUCUAUCAGAGAGUAAAGAGUUAUGGAAUGGACUAGCUACUCAAACCAGAUUUGAUACUUAUAUCAAUGCUAAUCGAGGACUUUUUGAAAAUUUUGAUAAAAGCAAAAUAGAUUGGCUCUAA